AUGGACGACAAGCGACUACCCAAACGACUCUUCUACGGAGACGUCGCGACGGGUUCUCGCCGUCAAGGAGGCCAGAUUCGCCUUUACAAGGAUAGCCUGAAGUCCUCCCUGAAACGCCUGCAAAUCAACCAUAUCGACUGGGAGGAGCUCGCACUCGAUCGACCAACCUGGAGGAGGACAGUGAAGACAGGCGCUGUGAUCUACGAAGCCAACCGCAUCGCUGCCGCCAAAGCGAAAUGCGAAGCCCGCAAAUCACAACUUCGCCCAGUACGCAACGCCACCGCACAACCGCUUCCAACGUGUCCUCGAUGUCAAUGGAUAUUCCGGGCUCGAAUCGGACUUGUUGGACAUCUUCGGAUUAACUGCGCCUCUCGAACUGCACCAACCAUCGUCCCCCCACCCACCUCUUCCUCCUCCUCUCCGCCGCCAAGUAACUCUGACAAUUCUUCUGACCCACCACUUCCAUCCUCCUCCUUCUCCUCCUACUCCUCCUUCUCCUCCUCCGACUCCAGCGAUGAGGAUCAGGACUCCGCCUGCCCUCACUGCGAACGCACCUUCACGUCACACAUCGGCCUGGUCGGUCACUUGCGAAUCCAUCGCACAGAGACUGGCGAGACAGUGCCUGGAGUACCAACCUACACCCACCGCACUCGCCUCCCUGCCCACACUGCCCUCGCACCUUCACGCAUCGCACGGGUCUAUUCGACCACAUGCGCAUUCACGAGAGCGGAAAUGACCACAGUGACGACACACCCACCACAUCCAACACAUCCACCAGGCCCAGCACCACCCUCGCUCCAUCGCCACACGCGCCCAUCACCACCACCACCACCACCGCUUCCUCUAGAGCUGACACCGACAACGUCGACCUCUCAGGCCCACACUGCCCACGCACGUUCACCUCACGCAUCGGCCUGGUCGGUCACUUGCGAAUCCUUCGCACAGAGACUGGCGAACCAGUGCCUGGAGCACCAACCUACACCCACCACGCUCGUCUCAACUGCCCACACUGUCCUCGCACUUUCAGGCAUCGCAUGGGCCUAUUCGGACACAUGCGCAUCCACGAUGACCUGCGGUAGACAACCGCCGGUUACACCACACAUCCACACACUCUCUACCUUCCUCCACCAUCACCACCACACAUCAACACGCACCCAACUGCAACCUCCCACGCAAGUGGGAAGUCCGCAUCUCGACUCGAUCCCCAUGCGGCUUCGGCUGCACGGGUAA